CUGCGCACCAACGCCACGCGCGCGCUGCUGCUCUACCUGGACGACGGCGGCGACUGCGACUUCCUGGAGCUGCUGCUGGUGGACGGGCGCCUGCGGCUGCGCUUCACGCUCUCGUGCGCCGAGCCGGCCACGCUGCAGCUGGACACGCCGGUGGCCGACGACCGCUGGCACAUGGUGCUGCUGACCCGCGACGCGCGCCGCACGGCGCUGGCGGUGGACGGCGAGGCCCGCGCCGCCGAGGUGCGAUCCAAGCGGCGCGAGAUGCAGGUGGCCAGCGACCUGUUCGUGGGCGGCGUCCCGCCCGACGUGCGCCUCUCGGCGCUGACGCUCAGCACCGUCAAGUACGAGCCGCCCUUCCGCGGGCUGCUGGCCAACCUGAAGCUGGGCGAGCGGCCCCCCGCGCUGCUGGGCAGCCAGGGCCUGCGGGGCGCCGCCGCUGACCCGCUGUGCGCCCCCGCGCGCAACCCCUGCGCCAACGGAGGCCUCUGCACCGUGCUGGCCCCUGGCGAGGUGGGCUGUGACUGCAGCCACACGGGCUUCGGCGGCAGGUUUUGCAACGAAGAGGAGCACCCCGUGGAAGGUCCAGCUCACCUGACGUUAAACAGCGAAGUAGGAUCCUUACUGUUCUCCGAGGGGGGGGCCGGGAGAGGAGGAGCCGGCGAGGUGCACCAGCCGACAAAAGGCAAGGAGGAGUUUGUGGCGACCUUCAAAGGCAACGAGUUCUUCUGCUACGACCUGUCGCACAACCCGAUCCAGAGCAGCACGGACGAGAUCACGCUGGCCUUCCGCACGCUGCAGCGCAACGGGCUGAUGCUGCACACGGGCAAGUCGGCCGACUACGUCAACCUCUCCCUCAAGAGCGGCGCCGUCUGGCUGGUCAUCAACCUCGGCUCGGGCGCCUUCGAGGCCCUCGUGGAGCCCGUCAACGGCAAGUUCAACGACAAUGCCUGGCACGACGUCCGGGUCACCCGAAACCUGCGCCAGCACGCAGGGAUUGGACACGCUAUGGUAAACAAACUGCAUUAUCUGGUGACCAUCUCAGUGGACGGGAUCCUGACCACCACGGGCUACACUCAGGAGGACUAUACCAUGCUGGGCUCUGAUGACUUCUUCUACAUCGGGGGCAGCCCCAACACCGCCGACCUCCCCGGCUCGCCCGUGAGCAACAACUUCAUGGGCUGCCUCAAAGACGUGGUCUACAAGAACAAUGACUUCAAGCUGGAACUGUCCCGCCUGGCCAAGGAAGGGGACCCUAAGAUGAAGCUGCAGGGGGACCUGUCAUUCCGCUGUGAGGAUGUGGCUGCCCUGGACCCAGUGACCUUCGAGAGCCCCGAUGCCUUUGUCGCGCUCCCCCGCUGGAGCGCCAAGCGCACGGGCUCCGUCUCCCUGGACUUCCGAACCACGGAGCCCAAUGGGCUCCUGCUCUUCAGCCAGGGCCGGCGGGCGGGGGCCGGCAGCCUGGGCGCCGCCCCGCGGGCCGACUACUUCGCCCUGGAGCUGCUGGACGGGUACCUCUACCUGCUGCUGGACAUGGGCUCUGGGGGCAUCAAGCUGCGGGCGUCCAGCCGCAAGGUCAACGACGGCGAGUGGUGCCACGUGGACUUCCAGCGAGACGGGCGCAAAGGCUCCAUCUCGGUGAACAGCCGCAGCACGCCCUUCUUGGCCAGCGGAGAGAGCGAGAUCCUGGACCUGGACAGCGAGCUGUACCUGGGUGGGCUCCCAGAGGGCGGGCGAGUGGACCUGCCCCUGCCCCCGGAGGUGUGGACGGCGGCGCUGCGGGCUGGCUACGUGGGCUGCGUGCGCGACCUCUUCAUCGAUGGCCGCAGUCGGGACCUCCGGGGCCUGGCCGAGGCGCAGGGCGCGGCGGGCGUGGUCCCCUUCUGCUCCCGGGAGACCCUGAAGCAGUGCGCCUCGGGCCCCUGCCGCAACGGGGGCGCCUGCCGCGAGGGGUGGAACCGCUUCAUCUGCGACUGCGUCGGGACCGGCUUCCUGGGGCGCGUCUGCGAGCGAGAGGCCACGGUCCUGAGCUACGACGGCUCCAUGUACAUGAAGAUCAUGCUGCCCAGCGCCAUGCACACGGAGGCGGAGGACGUGUCCCUGCGCUUCAUGUCCCAGCGGGCCUACGGCCUCAUGAUGGCCACCACCUCCCGGGAGUCCGCCGACACCCUGCGCCUCGAGCUGGACGGCGGCCAGAUGAAGCUGACGGUCAACCUCGACUGCCUGCGCGUCGGCUGCGCACCCAGUAAGGGCCCGGAGACGCUGUUUGCGGGGCACAAGCUGAAUGACAAUGAGUGGCAUACGGCGAGGGUGGUGCGGCGUGGCAAGAGCCUGCAGCUGUCCGUGGACAACGUCACCGUGGAGGGCCAGAUGGCGGGCGCGCACACGCGGCUGGAAUUCCACAACAUCGAGACGGGCAUCAUGACGGAGCGGCGCUUCAUCUCUGUGGUGCCCUCCAAUUUCAUCGGGCACCUGAGCGGCUUGCUCUUCAACGGGCAGCCCUACAUGGACCAGUGCAAGGACGGCGACAUCACCUACUGCGAGCUCAACGCGCGCUUUGGCUUGCGCGCCAUCGUGGCCGACCCGGUCACCUUCAAGAGCCGCAGCAGCUACCUCGCGCUGGCCACGCUGCAAGCCUACGCCUCGAUGCACCUCUUCUUCCAGUUCAAGACCACCGCCCCCGACGGCCUGCUCCUCUUCAACUCCGGCAAUGGCAACGACUUCAUCGUCAUCGAGCUGGUCAAGGGGUACAUCCACUACGUGUUUGACCUGGGGAACGGCCCGUCCCUGAUGAAGGGGAACUCGGACAAGCCAGUGAACGACAACCAGUGGCACAAUGUCGUGGUGUCUCGGGACCCAGGCAACGUGCACACGCUCAAGAUCGACUCGCGCACGGUCACGCAGCACUCCAACGGCGCACGCAACCUGGAUCUCAAAGGCGAGUUGUACAUUGGCGGUCUGAGCAAGAACAUGUUCAGCAACCUGCCCAAGUUGGUGGCCUCCCGGGAUGGCUUUCAGGGCUGCCUGGCCUCCGUGGACCUCAACGGGCGCCUCCCCGACCUCCUGGCCGACGCCCUGCACCGCAUUGGGCAGGUGGAGCGGGGCUGUGAUGGCCCCAGCACCACCUGUACCGAGGAGUCCUGCGCCAAUCAGGGCGUCUGCCUGCAGCAAUGGGAUGGCUUCACCUGUGACUGCACCAUGACUUCCUAUGGCGGCCCUGUCUGCAACGACCCUGGAACCACGUACAUCUUUGGGAAGGGGGGUGCGCUCAUCACCUACACGUGGCCCCCCAAUGACCGGCCCAGCACCAGGAUGGACCGCCUGGCCGUGGGCUUCAGCACGCACCAGCGGAGCGCUGUGCUUGUGCGCGUGGACAGCGCCUCCGGCCUUGGAGACUACCUGCAGCUGCACAUUGACCAGGGCACCGUGGGGGUGAUCUUUAACGUGGGCACGGACGACAUUACCAUUGACGAGCCCAACGCUAUCGUGAGCGACGGCAAAUACCACGUGGUGCGUUUCACCCGGAGCGGCGGCAACGCCACGCUGCAGGUGGACAGCUGGCCGGUCAAUGAGCGGUACCCUGCAGGAAACUUUGAUAACGAACGCCUGGCGAUUGCUAGACAAAGAAUCCCCUACCGGCUCGGUCGAGUAGUUGAUGAGUGGCUGCUCGACAAAGGCCGCCAGCUGACCAUCUUCAACAGCCAGGCUGCCAUCAAGAUUGGGGGCCGAGACCAGGGCCGCCCCUUCCAGGGCCAGGUGUCCGGCCUCUAUUACAACGGCCUCAAGGUGCUGGCCCUGGCCGCUGAGAGUGACCCCAACGUGCGGACAGAGGGCCACCUGCGCCUGGUGGGGGAGGGGCCAUCCGUGCUGCUCAGUGCGGAGACCACGGCCACCACCCUGCUGGCCGACAUGGCCACCACCAUCAUGGAGACCACCACCACCAUGGCCACGACCACCACGCGCCGGGGCCGCUCACCCACGCUGAGGGACAGCACCACCCAGGAGCUGGGAGUCUCCUUCGGGGAGUGCAGCGCUAUCCUGGGACACAACAUCCUGGAGCCUGUGGUGAACCUGGCCCGGUGA